AUGUCUGCAGCCCCCCCAGCCAACUUCAACGCCGAGGAGGCGGACAACCUCGAAGACAUUGAGAAGCAGUUCGCUGUCAAAGCCGUUCAACAUAUGACCACAUACUGGGCAAUUCUCGAAAAGGUCCGCGGAUCAUCCCUCAGACUCACUAAGAUGGACGACGACAUAUACGAGCAUCUGAAGAAAGAUUUCCCCGAGUUCGACCCUGCGGCGACCAUCGACGAGGACGAGAUGAAGAGCAAAACUGGCAAGGAACGGUGGCGGAAGUUCAUGAUGGCAUACGAGAAGAAGAUUGAUGAUUACAACUUUGGCACAAUAAUGAGAUUAAACCCGAAGAUGGAGAAUGAACAAGAAACGACCAUUUUUGUUCCUCGAAUGCAAUUCUACGCCAUUGAGAUUGCAAGAAACAAAAACGCCCUGAACGACUGGAUCUACGAGAAGAACAACGGGGUAUCAGCAGAUGGGAAGACGGAGGAUCCGAAGUGA